AUGGUUACGCCUUUAGAUAAGGCUAUUGAGAAGUACAUAGACGGAUUUCCAGAUCCUGCCAUUGAGCUAGCUGCAACCCUAACAGACUCUCAAGUCAAGAAGGGUAAACUCCACAGAAAGGGAGACAAGAAACAGAAACAGUCUAAUAGCACCAAGGAGAACAAGGGCAAGAAGUCUGAGUCUUCUAAGAAAUCAAGGAAGCGUAAGGCUUCCAAGAAUUUCACUGUUACUGCUCAGGCAAAUCAGGCUGCUCCUAAUCAGCCUGCACAACCUGCUGCCAAGAGGCAUUAUGCUGGGAAUGCACCUCUGUGCAACAAGUGUAAUAUCCACCACCAGCCACGGGUGCAAUGCUGCAUCUGCACAAACUGUGGCAAGUCUGGUCAUCUUGCAAAUACCUGCCGAUUUGCUCCGAACCAAAAUCAGGCAGCUCAAAACCAAACAGCACAAAACCCUGCCCAAAAUCCUGCACAGCCUCACUACCCGCCUGGUUCGUGUUUCAAUUGUGGGGACCUAACCCACUACAGGAAAAACUGCCCGAGGUUGGCAAAUACGAAUCAAGAACAGGCUCGUGGACGAGCUUUUAAUCUGAAUGCAAAUGAGGAGCGCGCAGAUAACGAAGUGGUGAACGUUGAAAAAGAUGUGAAUUGGUUUAAUUGA